UUGCAGAUGAGGCUUUGACAUUUUGUUCAAUGUAUUUCAAAGGUGUGGAAACAAAAUUUAAUCAGCCUGAUCGUAACGAAGAUGCACCGUAUGUGAAUCGACACCUCACAGUGUUUGAAUCUCAAUUUCGUCCUCUUAGUAAGGGAAUUCCCGUGCCCCUCGAUGAAAAUACUCGGAAUAAAGCUGAGUGGUUCAUAUUGGAUAAUUCUCCAGAAACUGAAGUGUAUUUAGAGUAAGUACAUAAUUAAUAUUCAUUUUAUUCUUUGUUCAAUCUACUCUUUAAUUAACAAUAUUGACAUUGUUAAUUAAUUAACAAGGAACACCUAACUGAGGUGCAACAAAGAGAUAUGGCUGCCAAUCAUAAAUUGAUACAUAAGAAAGAGUUUCGUUCAUGGUUUCAUAAGAAGAUAUAUGACUUGCACCAGCUUGGGUCAUUAGAGCAUGCUGAUGAAUUACUAGCUUUAGCAUCUGGGUCAGAUCUAUUGGCUUACUCCUACCAAGCAUGUAUAGUGAACGGAGUUCGAUUUGUUUCAUACAAUCGAGAUCAGAAUCGAAUUACACAAAAUAGUGGAGUGUGUGUUGCUGGAACAGAAGGUUUUAACUAUUACGGGCAACUUGAAGAAAUACUCCAGCUGUCUUUUACUGGUUCUUAUUCGGUGGUAUUAUUUCGAUGUAAAUGGUUCAAUACAGAUCCGAAAAAAAAAGAAAACCAUCACUGUAAAUAAUAUUACUAGUAUCAAUGUUAGCGGUGAAUGGUAUAAAGAUGAACCGUUCAUACUAGCUAGUCAAGCAAAACAAGUAUUCUACAUCGAUGAUCUCGUUAGAGGACGAGAUUGGAAAGUUGUCCAAGAAGUGAAUCAUCGGCAAGUUUAGGACUUUCCAGAUGCUUCAGAUAUGAUUGCUGAUGUUGAUGUUGUACAUGACACCAACUCAUCGAAUUUUGUUUUGACUAUGGAUCUCAGAGAGUUGGUUGUUCAGCAAUCUGAUGUACCAGCGACUCAAGUCAACACGGCCCAU